GCGCUGCGGGAGCGCGGCUGCCGGAGCGAGGAGCAGUUCCGGGAGGUGCUGAAGGAGGCCAGGGACAGGGAUCAGUCCCUCACCAGCUCCAAUGUCACCUGACACCAAGGGGACAGACAUGUUCUUUUAAAAAUUCUUGGCAGAAUGAUGGUGGCUGUAAAUCAUACUGUAAUUAAAGCUUUAUUAACUGGAUAAUUAUGAUUCAUACAGCAGAGAAUUUAUGAGUAGAACAGCACAGGAUUUCCUCAGGCAGAAUCAAUGGAGCACAACAAGCAAUGUGAUCCAGAAUUUAUAAAACAAGAUCCUAAUUUAUAAUCUACAAUCACCUUGGUCCUAAGCACUUUUUAAUCACCUGGGCUCUUUGCAGAUCUGCUCAGACCUUCAUACAAAGUUUAUGUAUCAAUAUAAACAUCAUAGAGGAGACUUAGAAAUUACACAAGUCAAUAGGAGUCACUCAGUGCUGGCAGGAAGCAGAUGACAGUGGCUGUCCCUGGCUGGGGGAGGGCACAGAGAAAUCUGAUUUUUCUGCUUGGUUCCCAAGACCUUCAGGGACGGGAAUGAGCACAGGAGCUGCCUGGUCGCAGGGAAUGGCUGCUCACUCUCUCCUCAGUGAGGACUGCUACAAAUGAAUCUGUGAGGGGGAAAUGAACGGGAGGAGCUGCCUGGAUCAGCUUUUGCUCUGGAAGGGCAGCUCAGCCUGUCUGCACCACACUUAGCAGUAAUCCCUUCAUGACAGCACUUGUCUCACUCCCAGCAAAUGUCUUUAUUUUGGACAAUGCCUCUAUUGUCAGAACAAAAACCAGAUUCUGGAGGUGUCAGAAUGCCUGAAAGGGCUGAGAGCUCUCAGCUCCACUUGGCACUUCCACAGAAAAGUCCUCAGUCACUUUUUAAGCCAAACACUCUUGUGUCCCAGAGGUGCCCCCAAACACAAAUAACUGGAUUGAAUCAAGGAGCAGAAUUCCUGGAGCUGUUUCCCUCAGCCCUGCUGAUUUCUGACAGUGUGCUCUGUUGUUCACUUGCAGAUUGAAGCAGAAGUGCAGAGGAGGAAACAGUUACCCCAGCAGUCAGUGGAACGCAGAGCUAUCAUCUCCAAGUGCUACAAACCAAAACACCCAGAGGUGUACACGCUGCAGCACAGUGUGCUCUCCAGGCAAGGUUCCUGGUGUUCCAGCCAGGAAAGGCUCUUUCCUGUCAUGUCUGUGAUAAAUCUGGCCAGUUACUCCUGAAAAACCCAUGAACUGAAGCAAGCAGCAGCCGCCCUGCCCCAGCAGGACUCCUUCCUGGCCCCAGAGUUUCUGGAAAUCGAGAGGUUCUGCACAUCUCCAGGUGCUGAUCUCCAGGGCCUCCUGAGCUACCUCGAGUCCUUCUCAGACAAGAGGAUCUAUCGGCUCCCAGUGUUCACAGAGCACUUCUGCCAGGCCCUGCUGGAUGAGCUGGAGAACUUUGAGCAGUCAGACAUGCCUAAGGGCAGGCCCAACACCAUGAACAACUACGGGGUUCUGCUCAGCGAGCUGGGCAUGGACGAGCGGCUCCUGACGCCGCUGCGGGAGCGGCUGCGGCCGCUGACGGCGCUGCUGUACCCGGAGCUGGGCGGGGCCGGCCUCGACAGCCACAGAGCCUUCGCCGUCAAGUACGCCCUGCACCAGGACCUGGACCUCAGCUUCCACUACGACAACGCCGAGGUCACCUUGAACGUUUCCCUGGGAAAAGAAUUCACAGAGGGAAAUUUGUACUUUGGGGAGUUCAGCGAGGACCCCAGCCCGGUGCCCCGGUACAUCGAGGUGGAGCACGUGUGUGGCCGGGGGCUGCUGCACCGAGGGGGGCAGAUGCACGGGGCGCUGCCCAUCGCCUCGGGGGAGCGCUGGAACCUCAUCGUGUGGAUGAGAUCGUCGGCCGUGCGCAACCGCCUCUGCCCCAUGUGCCGCAGGAAACCCGAGCUGGUGCCGGCCGAGGGCUUCGGGGACGGCUUCACCGAGGGGGAGGAGCAGCCCGGGACCGUCAGUGUCUGUGCCCUGGGCUAGCGGGGGCAUUCCCCACACCGAGCUGCCCAAAGCUCCUCCCUGACUCCCAGGCUGCACAAGGAGCAGCUCUGACCUCGGGAAGGGAUGCAAAGCCAGCCCUGCCGGGAUUCCAGCUCGAACUCGGCUCCUGAGGGCUCGG